CACACACCCCGGAGGAGCGGUGCUGCCAAGGGAGCGCGAUCGGCCCCACGUCACUCGUGCCACCAGUAUAAAUGCGGUCCCGCGAUGUCCAUGGCUGUCGGCGCGGCGGCUCCCGCGACUCGACUGCAGCCGGGCGGCGGCCAAGGAGGAGGAGGAAGAGGAGGAGGAGGAGGAGGAGGAGGAGGAGGAGGAGGAGGAGGAAGAGGAUGCUGCGCGCCUUGGUGGCGGUGUCCCUGUGGCUGCGGGUGAGCCCGCGGGCGCAGGGCGCGCCGUGCGAGGCGGUGCGCAUCCCCAUGUGCCGCCCCAUGCCCUGGAACAUCACCCGCAUGCCCAACCACCUCCACCACAGCACCCAGGAAAACGCCGUCCUCGCCAUCGAGCAGUACGAGGAGCUGGUGGGUACCGGCUGCAGCCCGGUCCUCCCUUUCUUCCUCUGCGCCAUGUAUGCCCCUAUCUGCACGCUGGAGUUCCUCUACGACCCCAUCAAGCCCUGCCGCUCCGUCUGCCAGCGAGCCCGCGACGGCUGCGAGCCCAUCAUGCGCCGUUACAACCACAGCUGGCCCGAGAGCCUCGCCUGCGACGACCUCCCCGUCUACGACCGCGGCGUCUGCAUCUCCCCCGAGGCCAUCGUCACCGACCUGCCCGAGGAUGUGAAGUGGACGGACUUCACGCAGGGCGUGCUGGUGCCGGAGAGACCCCCGGAGCCCGACUGCAGGAGCCGCGGCCAGGAGCGAUGCAGGUGCAAAAAGACAAAGCCUACGCUGUCAACCUACCUGGCCAAGAACUACAGCUACAUCAUUCACGCUAAAGUAAAAAACAUAGAAAGAGGGAACUGCAACGAGAUAACGACUGUGGUUGAAGUCAAAGACAUACUUAAAUCUUCGACGUCAAUUCCUCUGUCUCAAGUGCCUCUUCUUACAAAUUCCUCCUGCCAGUGUCCACCUCUCCAACCGAAGCAGGAUGUUCUCAUCAUGUGCUAUGAAUGGCGCUCAAGGUUGAUGCUUCUUGAUGGAUGUCUAGUUGAAAAAUGGAAGGAUCAACUAAACAAAAGAUUUAAGAGGUGGGAACAGAGACUGCAAGAACAAAAGCUGCGAACGGCCCACAGUAAGAACCAGAACGCAGGACGCAGUCGGAGCGGAGCCCCAAAACCAUCAACCAAGAACACCAACCCACUGGUCAGUGGCCCCAAAAAGGCCAUUAAAAUAAGAAAUGGCCAGAAAGAAAUCAACCCUAAAAAAGUGUGAGUGUGAAAUUUCCAGAAGGAAAGACUUUCCCUGCACAAUGAGGGUCACAAUCUGGCUUGGUCGGCAUGUUUUAUUAAUCCAGAACUCAUUGACUUAAAAACUCACAGCAGUUUCUACAUAGACGUUUUUGCUGCACUUGACUUUUAAAAGGUUUGCUUUUCCUUUCAAGCCACUGCAAGCCACAGAGCAUAGGUUUGCCAUAAUAUGUGGUAGGCGUAUUCAGGCUGACUGAGCUUUAUCUUAGGGCUCUGAUUUGCAAUUCUAGAUUGAUCUAGCCUUGGCUGCCAGAGAUUUUAACUCCUUGUGCCCGUUGCCUGCUCUGCUUCCCUGCCAGAGGUUGGCAAGCUGCAUCGGGCAUCUCUUCUCUCCUCAGAAAGUGCAGUGGUGUAGUAGUCAGCGAGUUAUUCUGUGAGUUCGUCUGUGAAUUAGUCUGGUGAGCUGAGAGCCAUAGCAGCUGAGGAGCAGCAGAGGAAUGGUAACCUCUGGCAGACGUCUUGGGCAGCAACUAGUGCAGCUGCUGGAGCUGAAUCUAUCUGCUCUUUGGAAUCACAGCCCUUGUUCAGAGCCUUCAAAAGCAUAGUUUACCAAUAAGCAUCUGGGUAUGCAUUAUGUGAUUAUUUUUCUCUGUGUGCCAAAAAUAAGCUUACACUGUUAGUAUUUGAUCUUGUGGGUUCAUGUAGCAAAAUGCAUUGAAAGCAGACAUUUCAUUUUUUUAUUGUACUUCAGGCUGGCUUCUGUUGUUAUAAUUUCAAAUAUAUUUAAGCAUCUAAUUGAAAAAUCAGUAUUUUUUAAAAGGACAGAUUAAAGUGAAGAUCUGUAGAAUUCAUAAAAGUCACACUUAUGUUUGCUGUAAUAUAGCUUUGUUAUGAAAACUGGAAUAGCAGCAUUAUUCUAAACAUAACUGACAGCUACUGUACAGUAUUAAGGAGAAGAUAGGGCUUCAUGUGGCUCAGCGUUCAUUUGGAUAAUUUUUUAUCAUUUGACACCAUAUUUCUAAAUCUUUCUCUGAUACCAAAUAAAUAAAUAAAUAAAUAAAUAAAUAAGGCUUGUCCCUAUUCAUGAACUUCUCAAAACGACUGGCUAUCUGCAGUUUUGCUGAUCCAACAGUAACAUUUACCCUGCAAAGGGUCACAGACAAAGCAGAUGUUUUUAUUUAUGUACUAAGUUUUACUGACUUAACAUUUGCCAUGUGAGGUAUUAAAAUAGCAAAGGUGAUAUAAAUCUAAUCGACAUAACUCCAAGAUGGCAUUUACGCUAUUCCUCCCAAGGUGUACUUGGAUGAGGCAGUACGGAUAGCACAGUCUGAUUUCUGCUAACACAUAAGAAGAUCACCUACAUUAACAUUGUAAGAGCUCAUGAUAGACAUCUGAAAGAGCUUCAAGAAUUCCUGCAGCAAAACUAAGGACUAGACUUGGCAAUUCUGGUAUCUAUAAAAGAAAAUGAGCAUUUCUAAAACAGAGAGGGUCUAUGUCAGGAAAAAAAAAAAAGAAUUCUGUGGAGGUUAAUACAAGGAGUUGCAAUUGGUCACGUCAGUGUAUUGAUCUUUGUCAUUACAAGAAUUCCCAUUAAAUCUGCUUGCAUGAAAUUCAAGGCAGACUAUGCUGGAGUGAUACUGGUAGCAGCAGUAAUAUACUGGGUAAUACGCUAACACAAGCUGAAGACAUAGAUGCCAAGUUAGAAUGCUUGUAACAAAGGGACAGAGGUGUUACAGAAAAAUGGAAUAAUAGUGUAUGGGGUAGUUCGGGGGAAAAAACCCCACCCUACAUGAUCAUUGGUUGAGCUUUGAGGAGUUGGUUAAAAUAUGCAAAGGUCAGCAUUUGAAUGUAGCCCUUCCUGCUAAAUCUGGGCAGAUGCAGAAAUUUAUCUUCAUGGAACACCUGCAGAAUUACAUCCAAAAUUUAAUCCAGGUGCCAGGAAUGCUUAACAUAUAUUUAAUCUAUUGACUUUAGGGGGAAUGUUUGACAUGUCUAAAAAACCAGACCACAGACAGGUGCCUAAAUACAGACUACAGGUGAAACCUUAAUCCUGUACAAUGAAACGGAAAACCUGAAAUCGAAAUCAAAGGAGACAGAAUUUCACUGUGGGUGACUAAGUUAGGUGAGUUUGAAAAUGCUGACUUAAUUAAGCAUGAUCUGAAACAUCAGUAUGAUUGGAAAGCUUCUAAAAUAGCUUUAUCUACUGUGUAGCAGGAGUUGUUAAGUUUGAUUACCUAUUGAUCCCAAUUUAAAGUACCUCAAUAAAUAUCUGUGAGGUUAGCUAUUAAAAAUUAGCAACAGUCCUAUUAAUGUGAGGUUGAAAUAACAAAUACCAAAGUUCUGAUACUUCACUUUAACCAAUUUUAUUGUGAACAUGGUCAAGUGUGGUGUUUGUUGAAUGAAACUUUUGGAACAGCUAGCUAAACUUCAUAGCAACAUCAUAUAAUAUUUUACAACUGUUAAAAUCAAACUUUUUUCAUUUUUUGAUAUCAGAGAAAAAAAUGUAAAAAUUAUUUCCUCCAGAGAAUAGUCACCAUUCCUUCUGUAAGUUACUGUCACUAGAAUGACCAUUCCAGUAUGUUGGAAUAAACUUCAAUGCACCGAGCCCGAUGUUUCCAAACCCCUUGACAUUUUUAUGUAUGCUUUAUGCUGACUAACUCUCAUUCUGAUAUGGUAAAAAUACAGAAGGCAAUACCACAAAAAGCAGGGGAUAUCAUAAUACAAAGAACAGAUGUGCAGACAGGGGGGAUGGAUUAGUAAGGUAGCGUGUUUUCCCAAAUCCAUUUUUUUCUACUUUUUAAGAAGCCAUGGGCCAACUCAAUUCAAGACUAAUGUAAGUCACUCCAUUAUGAAAAUCCCUUACAAUUAUUAACUCACUGCAACAUCAAAUGCCGGCUGAAUCCAGACCCAGAACAUCCCCACCCUCCAGCCCGCUGCCCUUCCCUUGUGAAGGUGUGAAACAGAUGUUGGAGGAGCGAGGGCUGUUCGAGCAGGCAAGUGCAUCCUCCUGCAUCCCCACGUGGCCCACUCACCACUUCAACUCCCCAGCAUGCAUCAAAAAGUCAGACUCACCUCUCCUCAUGCGCAUCCAUGGCCAGUGGUAGUCAUUGCUGUGUUACCCAGCACCAGAGUCAUGAAACCUCGAUUUAGUAGAGCAGGCUAAUAGUUCGCUGAUGGACCAAAGUAAUUACUGUACCUAUUUACAGCUGAAAAGUUAACAGGCCAAAACUUGGAAGUGUCAAAUGUUUUUUCUCAGUGUUACAACUGCCUUCUUACUGAGGGGCUUUGCAUUUUUUUAAUAUAAAAUAAAAAUUGCCUGGAACACGGAA